CUCUCUAACAAUCGGACGGCCUAUUACACCAAAAUACAAGUCGGCACGCCGCCACAGACGGUAACAUUACAUGUGGACACGGGAAGCGCCGAUCUCUGGUAUUACAUCCCCCCGAUUUUCUCAGAAAGACUACAACAACGAUGGGGCUACUGCGUCGACACGUUCGAUCCAGACGAGAGCUCAACCUACGAGACCGUGGACAGAGGAGGCUUUGACAUUACAUAUCUCGACCAAACUGGAGCGUCCGGUGAUUACUUCACCGACAACAUAUCCCUGGGCAACUCCAUCAACGUCACCAAUGUCCAAAUGGGUCUCGCCGAGAAAAGUACCAAUAACGUGGGCCUGAUCGGCAUCGGGUACAACGCUUCCGUGGCAGCAGCCUCGCCGUAUCCAAACAUCAUCGACCUCCUCUACGAGCAGGGCUUGAUUCCCACCAAGGCGUACAGCCUGUACCUCAACGACUUCCACGCCAACAGCGGCGAGCUUCUCUUCGGCGGGAUCGACACAGAAAAGUUCAUCGGCGAACUCAAAACCAUCCCCGUCAUCCCCAACAACUCCACCGGCGAGCCCAUCUACGACCACUUCACCGUAGCCGUGACCGGCGUAACCGUCGGCUUCAACUCCACAACCACGGACCUCCUCGACGAGCCCAUCGCCGCCAUCCUCGACAGCGGCACCUCCUUCACCUACGUCCCGCCCAGCAUGGCAAACCCCAUCUUCUCCCUCCUCAACGUAGUCGACGACACCGACAACUCCGGCGAGAUCCUCGUCGACUGCGCACUCCGCAGCCGCACAGACCUCUUCCUCACGUACCAAUUCAACGGCCCCUCCGGCCCCGUGGUGAACGUCUCCGCCGCGGAACUGAUCGUCGACGAUCUCCAGCCGUACAUUGCCUCCGGUGGACUGGAGCUGCCGCGGGGGUUGCCCUUCCCCGACGAGCGGGUCUGUCGUAUGGGCAUAUACCCUACGAGUGACCAUGACUAUUUGCUUGGGGAUACCUUCCUGCGCUCGGCGUAUGUGGUGUAUGACCUGUCGAAUAAUGUCAUUGGCAUGGCGCAGAGCAACGUUAAUGCUACGAAGAGUAAUGUGGUGGAGAUUGCCGCGGGCGGGACGGUGCCGUUGACGACGGGCGUGGCGACGCCGGCGGCGCAGGAGACCAGUGGCAGUCAGACGACGGGAGGAGGAGGUACGUCGGGAGGUACGGGUACGGGCGCG